ACUUCUGUCUGCUUACGGCGAAGCACACGUACGCACGGGAACAGCCCUUGGGGGUCUACCAGGGUCGCUAUAAAUGCGAAGAUUUUUUUUGUUUUUCUUGAAAAAAUACUCAGCUGGGCAAUCCCGGAGUGAUUUAUUUUUCUGUGAAAUUUCGGAUUAUUAAGACUGCUUCUUCAGCUUAGCAGCUAAGCCUUCCGUAGUUGCAGUAAACAACAUCGAACAGCCUAAGGAUCGUAACUGUGCGACAAAAACAUAAAGGUUUAGUUCAAGACGCCAACCUACUACAUAACAAGGAAAAAUCGAACAUCGAUACGGGCAGAGUUUUUGGGUAAUCUCUACGAGGCGUGUAAGGUCAGAGAGGAAAAAAGAAAACAAAUACGGUUUAAUUAGUGUCUGUUUUUUUUCUGUACACUUCGGAUGAAAGUGCGACAAAAUUGCGCUCUAACUGGUGGAAAACAAAGGAAAAUUUCCGAAAGCUUAGCGUAAAGUGCUGCGAAAUAAUUCUUGUUCUUGUAGUGGUGUCCUGUUGUGGGUGAUCUAAAAAUACCCGAAAAGAAACGCAAGUUAUAUAUACCCUGUGUGCUUUGCUUUCUGUUUGUGUUGUUACAAAAACUUUGCGCAGUUCAGAUUCAAAGGUUUUUUGGAAGGACUAGAAACAAACGUAACUACGAAGGUCAAAUUUUGCCAGUGAACACGGAUAACGGAUUCUUAUAAGACUGCUGCAUCCGGUUUAGCGGCGCGAGCAUAACUUUUAAAAGGUAAUAGAGCCUCAUAGUUCGUAUCGGCUCAAAAAAAUAAAAACAGAAUAAGUAGAUUCGUCGAUUUACGCCGGCCCGGUGAUCGAGUCGAACGACCGGUGCAAAAAAGGCCAACAUCAUCCGGUGCCACGAGCGGAACGCCAGAGCUCCUCAGGUUUUCCAGGAGAGAAGCCCCACGCAGCCAAUUCCAAUUCCAUCCGACCACCGUUGCAGCUUUUCGGUCUAGCAACGUGCCGCAGCAAUCGUAAUUCCGAACGCCCGCCUGCACACAUCAGCGUCGCAGCGCAGUCUGUUCUACUCACGGCUGGCGCAAGGAGGGCCGCGGCAAACGGAAGACAGUCACAGUUACCACGCACCAUGCUAGCAGUGCAGGCGGUUACCAGUAGUAGCGAGCAGCAGUCCUUUGGCAACUGCCGUCACAGUUGGUCGUAGAAUUCCGCAGAGCUUCGCUGGAGCUAAUCGUACGCAUUCGACGCGGAUAGUCAGCGGAAUUGACGAAAAAGUACUGCGGUGCGCGACGUGUUAUUUGGGGAAAAAAUUACAACAACCGGUGUUGGUUGUGUCAUAAGAAAGGCAGAAGUGAGAAGUUUAAAUUCGAACAUUUGUUCGUUGCUACACCCACGAGAACGUGAUUGAGUGUUGUAAGGCAGAGGCUUUAACACUCCGUUAGUGAAUUGAAGAGUUCGGUUUGUUGUUAUCUUUCGCGAAUAUCGGAGAGUAAUCGACAGUGCCGGUAGUAUAAUUGCUCGCUGGUUGUGUUGGAGAAGUUGAAAGCGGUGAAGUGCGUCCGUGUGACGUGACAGGGUGUGAUAUUUGAGGGCUUAUUGUAUCGCGAGUGCUGACAGCCCUUAUCAGAACGCCAACGCGCGCGUCCAGAAGUGGCUGUUAUCGCGACCUUUCGUAACCUGACGGAGCAUAUACAGCUUGGAUGGAAAAUGAUCAUUACAAAAGUGCCAAUCGAGUGUGAUUGUAGUCAAGUUUUUGCGUAGCACCUGUCGCUGACAGCUUGGCUAGUGAAGUGCGAAAAAGUGAAAUAACAUGUCCAUUUCGUUCUGAGCGGAUGUAAGAAAACCGAAGCUCCAUCCAGAAUUGUAGUUCACAGUGAGUGAUUGUUUGUUAAAUAGGAAUAUGUCUGCCCUAAGUCAUCAGGUGAACAUGAAUAACUUCCUGUCGCUGCUGGUUGGUGCCUCUCUGGUGGCGGCCAAUUCUUCCCCCAGCCACCACGAUCUGACCUCGUUUUCGCAGCCAACGGAGUUCUCGAACGGGGUGUCUUCCUUCGCUUUGCCCGCGGAAGACCGCAUGGCGUUCGACAGCUACACGCUGGCCUAUCUAAACUACAGCUAUGUGGACUCUAACAAGAUCCCCAACCAGGAGGGAGACUUGAUUGGAAAGUAUGGCGAGGGUCGUAUCCUGAACCGAACUGGUCUGCUGGUGCACGUUACCAAAUCAGACAACGAGGACGACCAUACCGGGUGCACUAAGGAUUGGAAUGGGACGAAGGGAAGACCGCUGCCGCCGCUCGGCGUCCAGUGGAUUGCACUGAUCAAACGGGGCAGCUGCAACUUCGAGGAGAAGGUGAAGCACGCUUACACCCACGGAGCGGCCGGCGUUAUCAUCUACAACGAUAAGGACGAUCCGCGGUUGGAUAAAAUGAAGAUUAACGACAAAGAACGUAACAUAACGGCCGUGUUCACGACCAAAGCGAAAGGUCAUGAACUGAUAGACAUUUUGGAACGGUUGGAAUAUGAAGUCACCAUGUCUAUCCUUGAGGGCAGCCAUCACUAUCGGUCACUGGCCAAUAUUAACAGCAGCCUCUUUUGGAAGCUUUAUCGAACUUCGGUGCUGUUCGUCUCCAUCUCGUUCAUCGUGCUGAUGAUCAUCUCGCUGGUCUGGCUGGUGUUCUACUACGUCCAGCGGUUCCGAUAUUUGCAGACCAAAGAUAAACAAUCGAGGCGACUUUGCAAUGUGGCGAAACGUAUUAUCGGCAAAAUUCCUACCAAGAGUAUUAAAUCCGAUGAUAAGGAAAUCGACAAUGAUUGCUGCGCCAUCUGUAUUGAGCCCUACAAGGUAACCGAUGUCAUACGCGUUCUUCCCUGCAAACACGAAUUCCACAAAAUCUGCAUAGAUCCUUGGCUGCUGGAGCACCGGACCUGUCCGAUGUGCAAGAUGGACAUCCUGAAGCACUAUGGCUUUGUGUUUACCGGUAGCCAGGAGAGCAUACUGCAGCUAGAUAUGGACAUGGAAGAGGGUGACCUGAUUGACGACCACAGCAGCACUGACGGAGGUGGCUAUCAACGUCGUCACAGCGUUAGUCCUCUACCACAGAUAAGGGCCUCCAACGAACAUCAACUUUCCCGCAGCUCUUCCGAGUCCGACCUGGAUCGCGAGCACCGUCGAGCCAGAGGCUCGAACAGUCUCCAGCAAUCUCACAGGCAAUCACUCAGAACGGACAGCAUGGAAGAAGUAAUCGUCGACGGCACCAGCGGUUGUGCCACCGUGACUGACCAGCCUGACAAAAGUGACAUUUGCGUGGGUUGUCUAGCUGCCGCUUUAAACAAAAAGCAGCGUAAUGCCGAUGGUACCUAUUCAAAGGAGGAUGCCGAUAGUGACAGUUACGGUUCCGAACAGCACGGAUCUUCCAGUCUUCCUGCCACCCUCAAGAAGUACAAGGGCAACCACUCAACCGGUUCCUGCCGAGGAAUGAAUCCCCCGGACCACUACCACCAGUAUCCACCCCAGCAGAACCCGCAGUCGAAGCUUCCGUUUAAAUUCUACAAAACCGAUGGUGGCCAGGCUCGGAAGAUUCGAACCCCGCUCAAGAAUGUCAUUACUCAGUCGAAGUCGGCACCCUGCGACGAUGGUUCCCUAACGGAUAUCAAUUUGGGUACAAGCGAGCAAGCUGGCCCAACGGAGGAUCCACCGGCGGUGACGGUAGCAAUGCAGGCGAAGUCGGCCCGCCGCUGUUCGCUGUCACGAACUUCGUCCAGCGGUUCGGAGUCUCGAAACUUUGCUCACUAUCAACACCAGAUGCAGCAGCCCCACUCGCAGCAUCAUCAUCAUCAGCAGUCGUCCGUUUCGGAGCCGGAACCCGACGAUGACGGUUCGGACGAGACCGAACCGAACAGUGACAUCGAUUUAAUUGCGAAAAGCAAAGAUGGCAACGAUGCUGCCGAUGGCAAGAAGAAGUAAUAACAGUGAUAUUAGGAUAAUUGAUUAAAAAAAAAAUGGGAGAUACGACAGUAUUUCAUUUUCGUUGAUUUUUUUCUCGUGAUCCCAUUCGUCUUGACUAUUAUAGAAUGACAGAAAAAACAGAUUACAGAUUCCACAGUUCCGUAGUAUUUUCGUAGCGUAAGAUUCUAACUGAUAGGGUUGUAAAGCCAAUAGAACGUGAUUAUGUGUAGAAGACGAUUAGAGCGACGCAUUUCUGCCGUAGUUAGUGCUACGGUACUGAGUUGCAAGGAAGCAGUCUUACAAUUGGGUUUGUUGUAACUUUCACAAUACUUACUCUCCUAAGCGACAUGUUUGAGGCAGUACUUACAGGUGAUUUCCGUAGAUUAGAUCGAUAUAGGAAAAUUGUCUAAACAUUAGACCACACAUAAUCUUUCACCUUUCUCGCCAAAUUAAGAAAAAAAUAGAAACAAAAUAGAUAAAUUACAGAAGAAAACAAACGCCGGAAUGAUAUUAGUGAUGAAAUUUUUAUCUUGUUACAAGGACAAAAUAUGAUAAAAACGAUACUGAUAGAAAGACGAAAGCUCCAAACAGAUGAACAUAAUUUCGUAGAAAAAAUCUGUAGAUAAUAUAGGCUUUGCUCUACUACUUCCCAAUAUAGAAAAAUAUGCCAAGCGGAAAGCUACAGUCAGCUAGGAUGAUACACGUGGUGAAGAGAAUUUUCGUUAACGUUUAACGUUUCAUCUAAUCGACCCGAAUCCGCUCAGAGCUCGUUUGAUGGAAACUGAGUUACUCUAAUUUUUCAUUUAUUGUGCAAUUGUGCUUCUCGGUGAUAUCCUUGCAAUUUAUAUUGUGUAUUUUUCUAACUUUCUAUGUUUCAAGCGUUUGCUGUCGUGCUGUUUUCUGUGACUUUACAGAGUAUAUUCAUAGCAAUUUUAGGGACUCCGUUUGCUCAACUCAAAUAAUCGAAUCUGUUUCGUUUUACCUAACAAGAAGACAAGCUUUUUUCGAGUUGACAACAGCAGUUUAUAUAAUAUGAUGAAAGUUUAUGGACUAUAACUCCAAACUUUUUUAAUGUUAAACACGCGCACAUUCCUACACACGCACGCAUUAGUUUUGAUGUAAAACAUAUUAAUCUGCUUUUCUGUAUCGAACCGUUUCGUUAAUGUUGCGCAGCUUAACUGCAACAUGUUCACAACAACGAAGAUUGGUUGUACUCGUGUUACAAAGUAUAACCAGCAAAGACGCAAACCUUUGCUGACAGUGUCUAAGAAUUUAAUUCCGUUCAUGCUCUAUGUAUCUAUUAGAUGAGAUUGACUACUCAAUUAUUAUCGUUUAAUUUAUGUUUAAGAUAAACGAUUUUUUAUAAUGUUUUCUUCGUUUAGAAAAAUUCGUUCAAUCACAGUACCAGGCAUUUGAACCGGAACAAGUCACAGUAACGUUCACGGACAGCGGAUGAAUCGGUUGCAUAUAAGAUAUAAUUCAACCAAAGACAACUCGAAUGGAGUCAUCGAAAAGUUCUUUAUUUUUCUUCUCAGAAGUCAAACCUAUGUAAAGACUGAACUAUAAGCGGCGCUAAGCAAAACUGAAAAGAUGAAAAAUAAAUCAGACGGGUUCCUUCUUCUCACAGUUUUUCGCUUUGAUCAUAUGAGGAAUCAGAGUUACACACCUAGCGGAAACAUAGAAAUUCUAGUAACAGCAAAUACAGUGAUCAGCAGCCGCGUAGCAGAUCGAAAUGAAUGCGAAACCAAUACUUUAAUUCGAAAAUAAAAAUAUUCUAAAACUGCUACUAA